UCAUAAGUCGGACUCCGAGGAGCCAGGAAGUAACCGUGAGCCAUGCAGCGCGAGGGAUAAAACAGAAGUGAAGCGAGAGAGAGAGAUAGAGAGAAAGAGAGAGAGAGAGAGAGAGAGAGAGAGAGAGGAGUCUAGUUCGGGAGUCUAGUCUGAGUGAGGAGGAAGGAAAAGAGAGAAGGAGAGAAAGAGAGAUAGACUUAUACACACACUCAAAACACAUACACACACGCGCGCACACUCUCUCUUUCUCUCUUUUGUGCCAAAAUAAGGCGAAUAUUACGGCGAGCACGCUGCUCUGCGCGCGCUGCACACACACCGCACGCGAAAGACGGAAGGAAAUAAGAGCGGGAGAAAGAAAGAGAGACAUACACAGAGAGUAAGAGAGAGAGAGAGAGUUGGUUGAGGCGACGUUUCUAUCGGUAAGACUCGGCGGAACAGACCGACCCGACCGUCCAUCGCGCUCAGGAUGCCGCGGGUGGUGCCGGACCAGAGGAGCAAGUUUGAGAACGAGGAGUUCUUCAGGAAACUGAGCCGAGAGUGUGAGAUUAAAUAUACCGGUUUCCGAGACCGACCGCAUGAAGAGAGGCAAGCCCGGUUUCAGAACGCAUGCAGGGAUGGACGAUCAGAGAUAGCUUUUGUGGCGACCGGCACCAAUCUCUCGCUGCAGUUCUUCCCCGCCAACCUGCAUGGAGAGCAGAGGCAGAUGCCCACCCGAGAGUAUGUGGACUUCGAGAGAGAGACAGGAAAGGUGUACCUGAAGGCUCCAAUGAUCUUGAAUGGAGUGUGUGUGAUCUGGAGAGGCUGGAUCGACCUGCAGCGCCUGGAUGGGAUGGGUUGUUUGGAGUAUGAUGACGAACGAGCACAGCACGAGGAUGCUCUGGCUCAGGCAGCUUUUGAAGAGGCUCGCAGGAGGACUCGUGAUUUUGAGGACAGGGACCGUUCACAUCGUGAGGAACUGGAGGACCCUGUGGCAUCAAAAAUCUGGGACUGAUGGCAUUCACGGACCAGGGCGACAGCAGGACCCCAGCCCUGGCUCCAACAUGGGCAACACUGACGAUCACAAGAUGCGCUAGCGGCAAUCAACAAUCAAGUGGGCAGGGGAAGAAUCACACGAUCUCCAUCACCACAGCAAUCUCACAGACCUACAACCCAAUCGCUGAUCACACCAGAGACCAAAGUCAUUCACCACAUUUUUAGGGAUUUUUUUGGGGGGGUGGGGAGUGGGGGGGUUAAGGUGGGUUGAGAGGGUUUGAUGACGGCCCCUCAUUAAACAUGCAGGUGGGGGCGGGUUGUUUAGGACUGGUAUUAAUAUGGUUGUGGGGGAGAAGUUGUAUUUAAUGAACCCUCCCUUGUUCCUAUUUGGGGGUUUUGCACUAUGUGAUACUUUAAAACAAACAGACAAAAAAAGCCCCCACAUUGCCUUUCGGUAUACAAAGUGUUUCUACCUAUGUUUCUUUCAUCCCCUAUGCAAGCUAUAUCUUAUUAUUUUUUGGCACUAUUGUAAUGAAAUGGCAUUCUUAUUAUUUUAUUCAUAUUUGUUUGUGUGAAAGUCAAGAUGUUUACUUUUUUGUAUUUUUAUUUUCUAUAUAUAUAUAAAUAUAAACGUGUGUGCUUUCGUAGGAGUUAAUGUCGCUAGCAAAAUUCAUGCUCUUGGGUAGAAAAAAAGGAAAGUGAAAAAAGAAGCUGCUGAUCUUGUUGACGAGGAAGGCUUUUCGUUCUCUCAUCAUCUCCUGUGCUCUAGAAGUCUUCCAUUCUUAUCCCAUUAGAGUCGUCAAAACACACUUUGAAUGCGAACCGAGCUGCAGGAAGCAUGUUUUAAGGUCAACUGUGCUUGUUGUGUCUUCCAUGUAAAGCAAAACACAAAGAGACUUUUUUGUUUUCUGUAUUUUUUCCCUUAUUUUCAUCAUGUGAAUUUUUGUCAACUGUUUGUUCUGAUUCAGGGUCUUUUUUCUGUCUUCGCCUCAACAGAAAAUGUAGGCCACCUUUUCCACCUUGUGGUGCUGCAACCCCUCAAGUUUAUUAAAUAUGCAGCAUUACUCUUCUGUUUGGUUAAAUCGUAAUACAGCGAGAAAGUAGAAUAUUGUGCUUCCGGUAUCACUGUUAUUUUCUGUUUUCUCUCGUAUCCUCGUCGUUCUGUCCUCUAUGGUGGUUGUUUUUCCCCUCUGCUUUCAGAUGCACUAGUGAAGUCAGGCAUGUUUGAAAAUGUGGGGUACACUUUACUUAAGGAAAGGUGAGGUAGUGUUGGUAGAGUUGGCAAUGGAUGGAUUUUAGAAAGUAAAAAAGAAAAGAGACAAGUGUGUUGAAAAGUGGGUCAAGUUCAAAGUAUUGUUUUUUUCACACAGCCAAAGAAAUGGGACUAGCAAUGUUCUAAGAUUGGAAACAAGCAGUUGUAGUUCACUGUAGCUGUAAUCUGCACUUGUUGAGUAAUUAGUUGGUAGUGUAAGCAGUGUGACCUUGGAGUUUCCCAAACCCAAGCUCCCAAGCUUUGAAAACACUCUAAAUGCACUGACAUGCAAGAAAAAAAAAAGAACUGGUAUCAUAUACCAUCACUUCUACCAUGUCCCAUAGAAGCUGGCCAGACCUGUGAAAUGUGUGUAGAGUCUCCUGCAUUGAAUGUGGAUGUUAUUUCUACCAGAGAUGCUUGUUUGUUUGCAUGGACAAAACCCACUGCACUAUCCACUGUAGGUGGUAAUACCUUCUAUUAUGUAUUCCCAGUACACUUAUGACACUGUGGAUCAAGAAAUGCUAAAUGCACAUACAACUUCAAAAAUUAAAUGUCCAAUCUAUUUGGCAUCCAAUAUUAGGCUUUCAAUAUUAUCCCACAACAUAUACAGAAACAGUUUAUAAUCAAUGUAUGUUCUGCUGUCCCAUAAAUUUGGCAUGUCAGUGUAGAAUUCUCAGUCAAAAGUUUGCAGUGAGUGGUAUCUUAAAGAUACAGGAUAGAGUGAUCCAUACUGACUAAAAGGAUGCAGGUUUAGCUUGCUCCUCUUGCUAGAAAGUUACGUCUCUUGAACAAAAUGUGCUUACAGUAACCCAUUCAUUUCUGUUUCUACUCCCACUCAACACAGCCAGCCAUGCUGCUAGCAGUGGGAAUUACUAGUAAACCAUAAGAAUGAUCUUUGUAUGUUUUGUUCAAUCUCUUUCCAAUUCCAAUUUCCAACUUCCAUUGCAGUGCUUUUAGUGACAAAAAGCCUUAAUGGUUUGGAGGGCAAGUGAAAGAAGAUGUGCAAGUGAUAGAAGUUGGUUGAGAAGCAGUUGAGAAGGAGCAGUGCAGGAUCAGAGAUGGGAUAUAUACUAUUACAGUAGAAAAGGUAAAGAAGAAUGUGAUUUGAUUCCGCUACUUCCAUAUAUAUUUAUAUGUAUUAUAGACCAGGAUCUCAAUUACAAAAACCUGCUGUCUCAGCUUCCUUAGAAGGUUUUCAGCUACUUCAGCCAUAAAUACUUAAUAUAAGCCACACUGCAUUACCUCAUUAAAUGCACAUGGACAGUAGCUCAUACCAUGUUGAAAAUAAUGUAGUACCCAGCUUUUGUCUUAAAUUGGUCUGAGAUGUAGCCUAUUAUUUAAAUAUAGACUACCUCUAGCUACAACCAAAAAGUAGUUUUGUAGCAGAUCUAUGUUUGCGAAGACAGAAGAAUAAUGUAUUAAGUCAGAAAUGUCUCUACAUUACAAAUGCUGCUGUUGAGAAGAAUGUGCUGUGUAAGGUAUUUAUUCCUAAGGUGACAUUUUUACCACCAAAUGAUCAGAGACAAGGAGCAAGAGGUCGCUUUGGAGGCCCAAUAUUUUGUAAUACUAUUCAAAGACGGAAAUCAGUGGCCUAACUAGAGUUAAUGUUGCAGUUAUGCUAUGAUUUGUCAUUUUAUUAUGCGGCAGAAAAUAGGAAACCCUCUCGCAGACCCCUCUUCCCCCUUCCAGGUGUGUCUUGUGCUGUGUGUCAAAAAUACCGUUGCUGGUCCUGUAAGAUUCUGCAUCAUCCUUUUACUUAAUGCUGGCAUUAAGGCAAGAUACACACCAGGGAAUGGAUUUUCUCACAUUUCAUUUUUUUAAUAAAUGGUUUAUUUUCUUAAUUAUCUUUAAGUUAUUGAUGCAGGAUUGCCUUUUCAUUUUCAGGUCAUGCUAUGAAGAAAUGUGUAUUUUUGUGUUUUUAUUGCUACCUUUUCCCAAAAUUCCCUCAGGAAUUAGGGAUGCUUUUUCUAUGUUUUAUGGUUUUAGCUUUUUUUUUUUUUGCAUUUUCAGUGGGGAGGACUGUUUAUUGAAGUGUUAUGUUUGACUUGUUUCUAAAUAAACUUUCAACAAACCUC